UGGGACGUUGGACAGAUGAAGCCUGGGAAGUCCUUUGUGCGUAUCGUCCACGCGAGAUUUUCGUGCCUUUACCCUACUACCAUGUGUGCUUCACGAUGCUAACAUGUUGUAGUUUGUGUGCACCUUCUCUUUGGGUUACUUGAAUUCUCCUUCCUUGUUGCUUGACUUUUCCUUCCUUGUUACUUGCUCUUGCUGCUGCUGCUCUCGCUCUUGCUGUGGUAAGCAUGUUCCUUCCAGCAUCCUUCCAGCAUGGUGCUGCUGCCUCGGGACCUGGAGGUUCCUUUUCUGUUGCUCUUCUGGUCUUCUGGCUUCAUCCUCCAGCACGCCUCUUCAAGACCCUUCAUCAUGGAAGACUUCUACGACGCUCGUUAUGGUUCCAUCGAGUCACACCUUGACGCUGCUGGCUUUCAGCCAGUAAGCCUUGCUCUUCCUUCCUGGUAUAUCAACCGCCAGAUCAAGGUAGUAUUUGCAUCGCGCUCCAAUUGGGAUUCUGUGGUCAGCGACGCACCUCUCCAAGUUGCUCCAGGAUUAGCUGAGGUACUCUCCUCAACAAGCAAGCCUCCUAGUAUCAACUUCUUCCGACGUCUUCCAAAGCCUCCUGCCUUCAAAGUGUGGGCUAUCUACGCUCUCACCCUUGAACAUCCUGUGCUGGGGCCCAUCAUUUACAUCGGGUCCGGCACUGAUGCUAAGGCUGGGGUUCAAGGGAGGCACACUGGGUACCGAACGGGUUCUGGCAGCAUCCCCAAACUCGUCGAACGAGAUUUUCCUAGACGAUAAAUAAAGUUAGGAUACUACAGGCCUACUUGAGCUGAAAACGCGGGAACAUCACAACUAUAGUUGAAUUAGUCCAAGCCACUUUCAAUCUUCUUAUGGUGACCUUGAAUGUGCUGAAGACCUCCAGCCUUGUCCAUGGUGAAGGCAUGCACAUACAUUGAGACGCUGAGCGGAAAUCAUGAGUCUGACUCUAAUAGUAGCACGUUCUUUGGUACUCAAUCUUUUUCAC